UGUUGGAGUAGAUCCCCAGACAAGCGGGACAGGGAUCCGAAAACAGCUGAUGCUACACAGCCACCGGCGAAAUGUCAAAAUCAAGGGAAAUUACACUCAGAGUCCAGUCACCAGAGGGAACGAAAAGGAUUGACGUCAAUCCUACAGACAAUGUCUCGAUGCUCUAUGAAAAGGUACAUGAAGCGUUCCAGCUGACCAGUUUUGGCUUCAGCCUCUACAAAGAGAGAAAUCACAAGAAUGAGAUUUUCUCGUCUCGGAGCAAAUCGAUAGCUGCAUGCGGUCUGGGGCAUGGGGAUAUGCUCUAUCUGGCCCCUCUGAAUGGUGCUUUCCUGUGGAACAAUUCAUCUAGCAAUACUUCAGCUCAAAAUUCCACUGGCAGCUCUGAUGUAACACCCAUGGAAGUAACUCCCAGCACUAGUCGAAGCUCCAGUGGACGAUCCUCUGUAACAGCUCGAUCUCUCGCGAAUGUCGACGAGGACGAGGUCGAUCAGCAGCUGUGGAAAAUGGAUGGCAAGAUUCAAGGGAAACGUGAUGAAAAAUUGUGCAGGCACGGUGCUUUCGGAUGUUGCGUUCACUGCUCUCCAUUGGAACCCUUUGAUGAGACUUAUCUGAAAGAACAGAACAUCAAACAUUUGUCUUUUCACUCUUAUCUCAGGAAACUCACUGCCGGAGUCGAUAGAGGAAAAUUCCUACAAUUAGAAGACAUUAGCUGUCGUAUAAAGAGGGGCUGCAAGGAUCAUCCCCCCUGGCCACGUGGUAUCUGUAGCAAAUGCCAACCAAAAGCAAUAACGCUCAAUCGUCAGCCUUAUCGUCACAUCGACAAUGUUGUUUUCGAGAAUGCAAGUUUAGUCGAGCGUUUUCUCAACUACUGGCGAAGUACUGGGCAUCAGCGUCUGGGAUAUCUCUAUGGAAGGUAUGAGAUUCACUCGGACGUACCACUUGGGAUAAGAGCUGUGGUGGCAGCCAUCUACGAGCCCCCGCAGGAGAGCACGAGGGAUUCAAUCGUACUUCUCCCUGACGAGAGAGACUCCCUCGUCGAGGAACUGGCUCGCAAAUUAGAUCUGAGGAGAGUUGGAUGGAUCUUCACUGACUUGAUCGCUGACGAUGUGAAGAAGGGCACUGUCAAACAUGUUAGGAAUAUUGAGAGUCAUUUUCUCACUGCUCAAGAGUGCAUCAUGGCUGGCCACUCGCAGAAUCAACAUCCUAAUCCCUGUCGUUUCUCACCGAGCGGAGCAUUUGGAUCUAAAUUCGUCACUGUUUGCGUUACGGGUGACGACAAGAACCAAGUACACAUGGAGGGUUAUCAGGUGUCAAAUCAGUGCAUGGCCCUCGUUCGCGACGGAUGUCUGGUGCCAACAAAAGACGCCCCAGAGCUGGGAUAUGUUAUUGAAUCGACGGACAAGCAGUACGUGCCAGACGUUUACUACAAAGAGAAGGAUUCAUACGGCAAUGAAGUGUCGAGAUUAGCGAGACCGCUCCCUGUUGAGUACUUAUUGGUCGAUGUACCGGCAUCCACACCUCUGACACCCCAAUUCACGUUCCAUGCUAGUGAAAAUAUUAAUCCAUUCCCAGUGGAAAAUCGACUGGUGGACGGACAAGUCCAGGAGUUCAGCUCUCUGUGCACGUACAUGCAGCAGUUCACCUCCGAUCAAUUCAAGGAAGCUGUUUCCGAUUUUCAUUUGCUCCUGUUCAUCGCCACAAUGGACAUGCUACCCAUGAUGGAGCACAUGUCUGACUUACUCGAGGCAAUUAGAGCCAACGACAGGGAGAAGGCACUCCAGUGGGCUAAGAGCGAACACUGGGCAACUGUUGAACAGCUCAUUUCUGCCACCACUGCGUCUUCACCAAUAUCCUCGCAGAGAACUGGUUUCGGAGGACCUGGCUCGAGAUCCACUGGAUCACUUAGCACUGGCAGCGCUGGUGUUGGCAUUGGGGUUGAUACCAAUGUCAAUGCAUCCUCCAAUCAACCUCUCUGGACGUGUCCCCAUUGCACAUUCUUGAAUCCCGCUGAGAUUGGCACCUGCGAAAUGUGCAGCCUGCCAAGGAUGUAGUGCAUGUAGCACUGUGAAUGCAACGUUUAUUUUUUACCCUUCUGCCUUAUUUAUGUAGAAAACCGUUCAGAAAUUCUAGAGAUAAAAUUUCGUUUCUGCACCCAUUUUCGUGUUAUUUUGAAAAAAUUUUGUUUCGUUUUAAUUAUCCAUGAAAAUCGGAAAAAAAAAUCCUUGUAAAUUUCUAGGAUGCUCCUCUGAGACGAAAGCUGAAGAAUCGUUUCUUAGAAUUUUUACGUACAUCCGAGCUACGACUGAUUACAACUGAAUAUUUAAGAGAGAAAUAAAACCGAAAAUUUUGAAUGAGAUGUGAAUGACACCUUCAACCACCUAUUAUUCAUACAAUUAAAAAAUGAAACGAAAACAAGUGAUAACUGUGAUACAGGAGUUAGAGAAAUGGAUAAAAUUAUGGAUGUACUUUCAUAAUUUGUCCCCAACUCCUCGAGGCGAUGAUACAAGUGAAUCUGAGAUUAUUUAUCCUUUUGCUGGGGCUGAAACUGGUUUGGGAUACUCUUGGUUGUAAUGUCAUCGUGUCCGGGUGAAUGAUUCUUCUCAUCGACAUCAGUUUGAUUUAUUUGGUAAUAAAUAAAAGGCAUAAUACGAUUUAA